AUGGCUGGAACGAAGCGGGCGCUCGAGGCUGCCGUUGAUGCCGGACGUCCUGCUGCGACAAUCACCCACCGCAAGCGCGCUCAAAAAGAGGUGAUCAACGAUAAGUCCCUGCUCUUGAAGCUUCCCGGAGAAUUGAGAAACCGGAUCUACGAGUACAUCAUGGAAGAUGUGAAGGAGAACAAGAAAGGCACAACUACGAAAGAACCGAAAAGUCGUGGAGAGUUGUAUAUCACGUUCGACAACGAUGCGCCAAUCCACCUCAAGUACACGUCCAUCAAAUCUCGCAAGCGCUGCAAGAGCGUAAAGCAAUGGGCAGCCGCACACGAACGUCGUCCUUACUUCGGUUUGACUCAAGCCUGCCGUAUGCUGCGCGAAGAGUUCCGACCUCUCUACAUGAGCGAACUCGGGUUCUGUAUCGAUCUUUACGUUGGCCAGUACCUUUUGGCGCUUGGAUCCAACGAGGAAGAACAGAGCAUCGGUCAGGCUGUUACGAACAUCAUGCAAACUCCACUUUCAGACGAUGGAGCGGACUUGCUUCCUUUCUUGGAGAGGCUCGGUGAACUGAAACAGCCGCGACUGGACAAAUUUCGGCUAAUGUACGGUGGACAGCGGUACUGGGACCGAGACACUCUGCUGGCUGUACUUUGUUGCGAGUUCCAAAAGGAUGCAGGUGGUCUUACCAAAGCCAAAACUGGGAUCUCCAAUAUUACUAUCGUUAAGAGCCGGGAGGCAGAACGUUACAGCCGACCAAACGAGGAUCUGAUGUUGGUUAUGGAUUUGGAUGCAAAUUUCUUCGUGUCGCCGACCCAACAGAUCAUAGAAGCUCAUAUGAGGAAGUUGCUCUAUCGAUUCGAGCUGGGAGAGCUCGACACGCUGGUCACGCAGUUCCGUUGGAGGGGUAAGAGGUUCACGUUCUGCUCUCAUGCGGCUGCUUUGCACGGAUACUCACCCACGGUCGCGCUACUUCGUAGCGAAGAUUUGUGA